AUGCUCGCUCUCUCCUCGCUCGCCAGCCUCCCGCCACUGCUCUUCAGCGCCCUCAUCGCACACGCACACGCUUCCCACGAUGGCGUCAUUGGCGACAACAAGAGGCCUUCGCGGCCCACGUACGCGACCGCCCUGACCGGCGGCGAGGGCUGCGACCUGACCGAGAUUGACGACGUACGCGACGGGUUCUCCGAGAUGACCUCGCUGUUUGCCGCCGCCACGCCCUUUGACCUGACGUCGCAGCCCGCGAGGGAGCUGUUCGGCCCAUCCAUCGCCGCAAACUACUCGGACAUGAUUGCCAAGAGCCUGCAGCGCGCAGCAAACUACGGCGUGGUCAACGGAGAAGCGGGGGCCGUGAAUGCAAACAUCCACAUACGCUGCGAUGACCCCAUGGACCUCUGCGACAAGGGCAACAGGCGCGAGGGCAAGCACGCCGCCUACAACAUUGGCAACGAGCCGCACAUCAACUUUUGCCCCGACUAUUUUGCCAUGGACUCGCUCCAAACGCGCGUCGACGUCAAGUCCAACGACCAAAUCCAAAAGGACCGCCUCAUGGAAUACUACAACCGCGCCUCGCUCUGGGCACGCAUGGUCAUGCACUUUUCCGACAUUGGCACCGCCAUUGUCCAGCGACCCAGGCCCGCGCCUCCAAACUCUACCUCAGAAUGGCUCAUCGACGCUUACGAAGGCCCAAUGAACACGUCUGUGCUUGCUGGCGUGCUCAACGAACAAGGCGAUGGCCCAAUCGACCGCCAAACCCUCAAGUACGCCUACGGCGCCACGCGUGCCAAACUGCUCGCCUCGCUGUCCACGCAAAUGCCUUACGACGCUGCCAACAAUGCAGAAAACUAUGCCCUGUACGCCCUGUCAAAAUACAUUAUCAAAACCAAGGGCUUCUACCCUGCCGUCCCAAUCAUGGACUUUCCCAACGAAGCAAGCGUGCUUACGAAUGAAAAUCUGCAGGACGGAGAACGAUGCAAGUACGCCUUCUUUGACAUGCUAGAUGUAGUUGCUAGACCGGCGGAUAUGGAAUCCAAGGGUGCGCCCCUCCCUUCUGCGGCAUCAUCUGUCCAUGCGCCCUUGUCAUCUGCGAUGAUGGGUGUUGCUGGCGUGGUCAUGAUGUACGCCUUCGUAGCCUCGUCGAUUGGAUGA